GUUCUUCUUCAGAAGAUAUAACACUCUCGCUGUUUUACCUUGAAGGAUUCUAUGAGGAACUUUCAAGGAAAUUAAAUUAUUGGUCUGUUUGAUGUUUGUUUAUCUUAAUCGUGACGCAAAAGCUUAAGUGGCGCAAGGGGGGAGGAUUAGUCAUUGACAUGUGUCCAAUGCUGAUGAGGAGGCUGUCUUAUCAGACAAAUCACAGACUAGAUGAGAGGACAGAGGAGCCAUGGAGGGAACUGCACCAGAAAAGGGCAACAGCACACUCAGCUGAAAUAGUCAGUCAUAUACGUUUCUUAGAGUUCGUUUCCAGUUGAAUUGGUCUCUCAUGCGUCCAGUUAAGUGACAUAAAUGGCGACUACACCACCAGUGUCAGAGCUGAGGGUUGUUCUGCUGGGGAACAGCUGGUCCGAGAGGAGUUCAGUGGGGAACUUCAUACUGGGAGCACAUGUGUUCAACACUAAGGAAGAACCAGUCUUUCUGAAAGUUAGUGGACGAUUUCAAGAGAAAAAAAUUGUUGUCAUCAAUACUCCAGAUCUGCUGCUUCCAAACAUCUCUGAAGACAAACUAAGAAAACAUGUAAAAAACUGUGUGAAACACUCUGAUCCUGGCCCUCAUGUGUUCCUACUGGUUCUACAGCCUGAAGACUUCACUGAGGAACAAAAACAGAAACUCUGCCGAGUCCUGAAACUCUUCAGUGAUCGGUCAUUUGAUCAUUCACUGGUGCGGAUAUCAACACCCAGAAAGGAGAGUUCAGGUUUCAUGUCCAAAUAUGCACACAAUCUACCCUUAAAAGACAUGGUCAGAAAAUGUAGAUACAGAUACAUGAGGCAGAAGAGCCUUGAAUUUUCAGAGCUGUUAACAUACUUGGAUCAAAUUGUAAGUAACAAUGGAGGACAUUUGAGGUGUGAUUCAUUUAAAGCCGCAAAGGUUGCUUUGCAUGGUGGUCAUUGGAGUCUGAAAAAACAGGAAACGUCUAUUGCUGACUUAGACUCGGUAAAACCUCCUGUCACAUGGCUCACACCAAACACAUCACACAACCCAUCAGCAGUGGAAAGCACAAAGAAACAAACAUCUGGACUCAGGAUUGUGAUGUUGGGGAAAAGUGAAGAUUCAAAGACAACACUCGGCAACUUCCUCCUUGGUAGCCAAGACUUUGAUUUCCAAAAACAUACCUCACUUAACCAUGGUGUGGCCAUCUGUGGAGAGUGGAAUGGACAUUUUCUAACAGUAGUGAAAACUCCAGACAUCUUCAGUCUGCAUGUGGAAGCAGUCAGAGAAGAGAUGAAAAGGUUCAUCAAUUUUUGCCUCCCUGGACCAAAUGUCUUGCUGCUGUUAGUACAUCCUUCUGAGUUCACUGAGGAGAACAGACAAACACUGGAGUUCAUCGCGAGUUUGUUUAGUCAAGAUGCCUUUCAACACUCAAUGGUCAUUACGACACAUGAGGGGAAUGAAACAAGUUUCAUUGUAAAUCAGCUUCUUAAAGGCUGUGGUGACAGACACUGCAGCAUGUUAACAAUUAACCGCACAUUGUUAAUGGAGAAGAUUGAGAGCAUUGUGCAUGAAAACAAAGGAACCUUCCUCACCUUCACUGAAGAGACCAUCAGACCAGCUUUAAACCUGGUUCUGUGUGGGCGGAGAGGAGCAGGGAAGACUUCAGCAGCCAAGGCCAUUUUAGGACAGACAGAGCUUCAUUCAGUCUCCAACUCAUCAGAGUGUGUUAAACAUCAGGGAGAGGUGUGUGGACGUCGGGUUUCCCUGGUGGAGCUGCCUGCCUUGUAUGGAGAAGGUCAGGAGGUAGUGAUGAAAGAAUCAUUAAGGUGUAUCUCCCUCUGUGAUCCUGAGGGCGCACAUGCCUUCAUCCUGGUCCUACCUGUGGGCCCCCUCACUGAUGAAGACAAGGGAGAGUUGGAGACCAUCCAGAACACUUUCAGUUCUCCAGUCAAUGACUUUAUCGUGAUUCUGUUCACUGUGGAGUCAGAUCCUAAAGCUCCAGAUGUUGUAACGUUUCCAAAGGAAAACAAGGACAUCCAGGAGAUCCGUCAGAGCUGGGGAAGAAGAUGUGUUGUUCUCAACAUUAAGGACAAGCAGCAGAUUGCAGAGAUGUUGGAUGGUGUGGACAUACCAUACGGCUAUACAACUGAAACAUUUGCACAUGCCCAAAUAGAAAAAAUCAUGCAACAAGAGAAACGUAUCAACCUGCAACAAGCUGAACUUCAGACGCUGAAAAAGAGCAACAUCACAUGUGAUGAUGAGAAGCAGAACCCAGAGUGUCUCAGGAUUGUGCUGAUAGGGAAGACCGGCUGUGGAAAGAGUUCUACAGGUAACACCAUUCUAGGAAGAGAUGAGUUUAAAGCUGCAUCAAGCCAAACAUCAGUCACCCAACGCUGUCAGAAAGCAGAGACCAAAGUGAACGGUCGUUCUGUCGCUGUGGUCGACACUCCUGGUCUGUUUGACACAACUUUGUCCCAUGAAGAGGUUAAUGAGGAGAUGGUGAAAUGCAUCAGUCUUCUGGCUCCAGGACCUCAUGUCUUCCUGGUGGUGUUAGAAAUUGGCAGAUUUACACCAGAGGAAAAGGAAACAUUGCAACGUAUCGAGAAAGGCUUUGGCAAGAAUGCUAAAAAGUUCACCAUCAUUCUUCUAACUAGAGGAGAUUCCCUUGAACAUGACAACAUGUCCAUUGAUGAGUACAUUGCAAAAGGAUGUGUUUACUUUCAGAAACUAAUCACUGACUGUGGAAGAAGAUACCAUGUGUUCAAUAACUAUGAUGAGCAAAACCAGACACAAGUCAGUGAGCUAAUAAACAAGAUUGACACCAUGGUGAAGGAAAAUGGAGGCAGCUGCUACAGCAAUGAGAUGCUGCAAGAGGCCGAAGCAGCUAUAAAAUUAGAAGUGGAGAAGAUCCUGAAGGAGAAGGAAGAAGAGAUGCAGAGAGAGAGGGAAGAACUGUUUAGAAAAUAUGAAGAAGAAAAGGAAGCAAUGAAAAAAAGAAUGGAAGAACAGAGAGCAGAAAUGGAACAGGAGAGAAUACUGAGAGAAAAACAAUAUGAGGAAUACAUCAACAAGGAGCUUGAAGAAAGAAAGAAAGAACAAAGAAAGAGAGAUGAAGAAGACCAGGCAAAGAACAUACAGGAAGGAUUAAAGCGACAGGACUGGGAAAGAAAACUUAAAAUCAUGGAGGAUAACCUAAAACAAGAAUUAAAAUCAAAGGAAACCACUGACAGUAAGCUGAUGCUGGAAACAGAAGAGAUGAGGGAAGAACAAGAGGCUUGUGAAAGGGAAUGGAAAGAGUGGUGGGAGACAAGAGAUCAGGACUUUAAACGGAAGCUACAGGAAGGAUGUGCAAUAACUGAGCAGGAAAAAGAAAAAUACGAAAACAACAGAAAAGAAGAAGAUAGAAUUAGAAGAGAACAGGAGGAAAAAGAGCAAAUGAAAUUGCAGGAAAACUAUGAGAAAAGGCUGGCGCGUAUAAAGGAGGAAUUUGAAGAAGAAGCCAGAAAGAGAGCGGAGGAAUUCAAUAAAUUCGGAGAGAAAUGCAUGAAGGAGUUGAAAGAGCACGAGGAACAAAUGAAAGCCAAAAAUGAACAAUAUGACUUUUUACAAGCACUUUCAGCUCAGAGAGAGGAACGGAUGAAGAAGAAACAUCAAGAAGAAAUCUAUAACUUAGUGAAGUGUUUCACCAAAAAAAGAGAAAAUGUUAAAAGAAUCAGUGACUUGCUGAAAAAACAAGAACAAGAAAUGAGGGGGGUGAUAGAUCUGAAUGAUAAGGAAAACCUGCAGAAAACACAUGAAAAACAAAUAAGUGACUUGAUACAGGAACUCCUGAGAGGAAUAGAUCAACGACGUUGGUGUCCACUCUUAUGAGACGUUUUAUGUGUAGCCACGCUAGUGGCUUGGCUCUAGGGUUGGGAUCUGUCCAUCUGCCAUCUGUCCAGACUGAAACACCUAAACAACUUUUGGGAGAGUGCCAAUAAAUAUUGCCGUUUGGUUUCACACGGACACUAACAGCAGUCUGUUGGUUUGACGCAUCCAUCCACCCCAUCUUCCUUCCUACCUGCUACCUUGGAUUAGAAAAUGAAAAACAUUUGUGAAUGUCAGAAACUAAUGUAAUCCAAAACGUAAUUGAGAAUGCAAUUUAGCUGUAUGGAAAUGCAAUUUUUAGGGGACAUCGCUGGACUUUGCUGAUCCUCUGACUUUUCAUCUAGAGCCAUCAUCAGGUCACCAUUUAAGUGUGUCCAAUACUGUGGCCGAACUCUAGCAGGGGGUGGCAGUAGCUCAGUCCGUAGGGAGUUGGGUUGGGAACCGGAGGGUACGGACCAAAGUAUGGACUGUGGAUCGGUAGCUGGAGAGAUGCCACUUCACCUCCUAGACACUCCUAGGUGCCCUUGAGCAAGGCACUGUACCCCCCAACCGCUCAGGGCACUGGCAGCACACUCACUCUGAUAUCUCUCCAUUUAUGCAUUAACUGGUCCUGAGCAUGUGUGUGUAUUUCAGGCCUGUGUGUAGUGAUUACUAACAAAUAAAGUAAAUUGUAAAUUGUCCAAUGCUUUAGUUUGUGAACACAGUCUAUUUUCUUUUUAAGUCAGUUACAAUAACAUUAUGAUGGAAGUGAAUGUUUGCUUUCUUGAUUAGUCUCAGUACCUUUGUUUUCUUUUGAUUUGAUCUACUUAAUAUCUUCACAUAAAGCUUGUCAAGAAAUCAUGUAAUCU